GAUAUUUUUUUUUGUUUUGUUUAUUUCACAUAUUAUCACUCUUGUUUGGUUUUUUGAUCUAUAUCUAUUCACUAAGCAUUAGUCAUGUUCUAAACGUACUUUGUACAGAUGAAAAAAUCAUCAUUCAACUGUGACGUAAAAGAAUCUUCAUUCACCUAUCAUCGCUCUCUUUUAUAAUUCAUAUUCACUCUUCGGAUUUUAAAAUAAGAUCUAAAUGUUGAGGGUUAAAAGCUACGCUGUAGCAGAAUUAGAAGAUGCAUCAAAAAAGGCAUCAAUAAAUUCCGUUCAACGAGAAAAUGUGGCUUUUGUUGGUCAAUACUUCUGUGAUCCAGCAAUGCCACCUUUACAUCAAGCUGUUGCUUCUGGUAAUAUAACUUUGCUCAAGGAAACUCUCAAACGAGCUAAAUUAGACCGCUUGGACCAGAAUGGUGAAACUGCAUUGACAUUGGCUGUAAGGUUAGGUUGGGUAGAUUUACUAGAAGUUUUAGUUCGGGGUGGAGCUAAAUCGGAAGGCAACAAUGGAAAAACGGCUCUUCACGUUGCAGUUACACUAAGAUCUUAUCAGUGCAUAAAACGACUCUUAAAAUUAGGCAUUAGAGCGGACGUUUCGGAUGCUUCCGGGUAUACACCACUGAUGCUGGCCAGUAAGAAUGGGGACGUUUCGGGAGUUAAACUUCUUAUAGAACACGGCGGAAAAAUUGGUCGUCAGGGUUAUCUAUCGUCCGCUUUGCCUUUGGCUCUAUCUGCCGAAUCGAUAGGAUGCUUGAGGGCGCUGCUAGAGGCAGGAGCGGGUGUUGAUUGUAAAGUGGGAACUGAUCCGUCAAGAACGCUUUUAGUAGACGCCAUAGAAACGAAUAAUGUUAAAAUAGUGGAGAUUUUAUAUGAGGCUUUCUUAGCUCAAGGCGUUUGCAUUGGCGCAGCGCUAGAAAAGGCAAUUCAACUAUGCCUACCAAAAAUAAUGGAAAUCUUUCUAAAACGAGGAUAUGAUCCAAAUAGAAGUACGAAAGCAGUCCCGCUUUUAGAAUUAGCUCUAAAAGCAAGCUUAAAUAGUAGGAGGGAAUUGAUUAGGCUCCUGCUUUUGUAUGGGACAAAUAUUAAGACUAUUGAUAAAGAAAACUCGAUACUAUUCUACCAGUGUCCGUCAGUGUUAUCAAUGCUACUACACGCUGGUCUAAAUAUAUGCAACACCACAUUCCAAAUGCAUAUGAUAGGAAAUACGGACAGAGAAAAGGCUUGCAAAAAAGUGGUUAAAGAUUGGACCUCAAAACCACCGUCAUUAUCGCAUUUUUGUCGUCUUAAGAUAAGAUCUCAAUUACGGAACGUCGCCUUCGACGUUGAGCGACUUCCUCUACCCCCUUCUAUUAUAAGUUAUUUGCAAUAUGACAAAUUUUUAAUGUUUGUUUAAAUGUUGAUAUGUCAUAGCUAUUAAGACUAAUUCUUCUUACUUUAGCGCUGUCUCAUUUUACUAAUACUCCUAAUACUUUGGCGCAAAUAAAAAAGGAUUUUGUUAAGUAUACCAAUAUACGAAAGUAUAUAUGUAUAUCUAUUAGAAAAUUUGAAC